GAGGCAUGUCGUUCUUAAGAAAGGAAUCGUUAAUGAGCAGAUUUUUGAGAAAUCAUAGAUUCCAAGGAGAAUUAAAUGUAGAACAAGCAAUGUCAUCACCGUCCACCGAAAAUUUUGAGGAUAUUUGGAUGAACGAUAUAGAAGAAAGCAGUAUUAGUUCUGAGUACAGUUCUGAACCCGUUAUAUGCCAUAUAAAAGAGAGACCAACGAUAAAUCAGUUGCCAUGGAAUAAUGAAGAGAUAACUGUAGCCCUGUCCAAUCUUCCAGCAGGGAAACAGGCACUCUCUGUUAUUCCUAAUCUUCACGGAGAUAAUUUGAAUAAAAUUUUGACUGAAUUUCUUGACACUAAUUAUAAUGAAGUGACAUUGAAUAUCCAAAAAACUACGAUCUCUUCAUUUGCAAACGGAUGUGUACGAAGUGCAUUGCAAGAUAUUGAAAAUGAGGCAGCCGCGAACGUAGCUAUUCCCCAUCUUUUCCUAAGGUGGCCAAAUACUUGUCUCUUAGUGUCUUGUUAUCUGGGUCACUUAGACGUGGUCAAAGCUUUGCUGAAGAAAAAUGCAAAAGUUUCAGCUAGGGACAGCGACGGCCGGUAAAUAUCUCAAAUACAUAAUAUAAGAUUUCAAUUUCAUUGUACAGCUUCGUUAGCGAUUAUAGAAGAAUUAUUGAAAAAUGGGGCGAAUCCAUGCGAGUGGGAUUACAACCAAAAGUAUACACCUUUACACUGUGCUGCUGCUACAGGGAAUCUUGCGUGCGUUAAAUAUUUAAUAAAGUCUGGAGCAGACGUGAACGCUGGGAUAUGCGGGAGAAGUCCUCUCUACUACGCUGUCCUAAGCAACGCCAUAGACUGUGCAGAAGUUUUAUUACAGGCAGGAGCUACCCCUAACAAUCCACAGGUUUACACAGAAACACCGUUACAUCUGGCGGCUAGUUUGGGUUCUGUCGAGUGUACGAAAUUAUUGUUAAAUUACGGGGCAGAUGUGCGAGUCAAAUUCGGCCCUAUGAGAUCCACUCCGUUGCACUUGGCAGCUGAGGAAGGUAGCGUUGAGUGUACUACAUUGCUAUUAGGAGCUGGCGCUAUGCACGAUGCGAAGAAUGCGCGGGGUCAAACGCCAAUGCAUUUAGCAAUCUUAUCUCAAUCUUUGGAAACUCUGGACGCACUUAUAAAAGUUGGAGCUAAUGUUAACGUUGAGGACAACGAUGGUCGCACUGCGUUACACGCUGCAGUUGCGAAAGCUACCAGAGGAAUAGAAUUAGUAAAGAUUCUGAUACAGGGCGGUGCUCUGAUCAACAAAGCAGACAAAUUCGGUUACACGCCUUUGCAUAUCGCGGCGUUAAACGAGAGCUCGUUGACGGUAAUGACGUUAUUAUCGAAAGGGGCUGAUGUGACUGCUAGAACGAAAGGCGGUAUCUCUGCGUUGAGCUUCAUCGUACGUAGAACUCCGGACGUGCUGCCGCGAUUCAUUUCUCGUUUGGAUCAAGCCAUUUCUUUGCACGAUCACGAAUUAGGCGACAUCGAUUGCGAAUUAAGAUUAGAUUUCAGACCGCUGGUAUCGGGCGGCAGAGGUGAAGCAGAAUUGAUGUUAUGCCUUGUCGAAGUUGGACAAAGGCAUAUAUUGAAACACCCUUUGUGCGAGAGCUUCCUUUACUUAAAGUGGCUCAGAAUACGUAAAUUUUUUCUCCUUAGUCUGAUAUUUCAUUCCAUAUUUGUCGCCUUUUUUACGGCGUAUGUUACAGGCAUAUAUUGCGACAUCGAAAUUAUGAAAAAAUUUAGUAACGUACUUUUCUGGAUGGUUUUAAUGUUCAAUGUAACUAUGGCUAGCAAAGAAUGCUUUCAAAUGGCACACGGUAUAUACAGUUACGUUAAAGGAUGGGAAAAUUGGCUUCAAUGGAGUGUUGUUUUAUUGUCAAGCGUUGCACUAAUCAAUCCAUUGCAAAAUAACGUGGAAUAUCAAUGGCAAUAUCAUGUAGCCGCUCUAGGGAUUCUACUUGUUUGGAUAGAAUUAAUGAUGGUCAUUGGAAGAUUCCCAAUGUUCGGCAUUUACAUACAAAUGUUCACCCAAGUAUCGAUUAAUUUCUUUAAAUUCCUUGGCGCUUAUAUGUGCCUUAUAGUAGGCUUCUCCUUAGGCUUCAAUGUGCUACUGCAUAAAGAUUUCGGCCCAUUUCGCGAUCCUUUAAUUGCUUUACUAAAGACGAUCGUAAUGAUGUCUGGAGAAUUGGAAUUCGAGGAUACAUUUUUUAGCGACAAAUUGAAAAUUCUCUACUUCUAUACAACGCAUUUAAUGUUUCUAAGCUUUGUUAUUUUGGUGACGGUAAUUUUAACGAAUUUAAUGAUGGGCCUCGCCGUAUCGGAUAUACAGGAAUUGAGAAGAUGCGCUGGCCUAGACAGACUAGUGCGUAGAGCAGAAUUAGUGGCACAUUUAGAAAAUAUGCUGUUCUCAAAACUUUUAGAUCAUGCACCAAGUACUAUAAUAAAGGCAUGCAGAGAAGGUGCGCUCUUGCUGCAUCCACCGCAUUAUUGCGCGAUUCAUAUUCGGCCCAACGAUCCCCGUGAGAAACGUCUACCGCAAGAUUUAAUUAAAGCUAUCUAUCGUUUGGUAAUCGAGAGGAAACAUCAAAAUAUGAAUGCCAAAAGAAUAUCCGGUUACAGCGUACGUAAUAGAGCGGAAACAGUUAAUUCCAGACUAAGUCGACUGUACAGCAAUACUUCUUCCGAAACCAAUCAACAACAGUUAAAUGAAUUAAGUGCCGAAUUGAAAAGAUGCACUUACAAUAUUGCUACGCAUUUGGAUAAUUUAACAAAUAAGAUAGAAACUAUUGUUAGAGAUCAUAAUUCAGCAUAAUAUAUAAUGUUUGCUACAUUAUUUUAAUAUCAAGUUUUU